AUGGAGAACAUAGCAGAUGAAGCAAGAGGACAAUUGAGUAAACUCUACAGUUCAAAGAAACGACUCUACAUUCUCUCCAUCUUCAUUUUCAUCUUCUUUCUAUCUUGUUCUCUAUCGUUUCACUCUCACGUUGCCAAAUCGAUCGAUAGCAACGACCGCCACUACAUAUUUCUGCUCUGCAACGGAAUCCUACUUUUCCUCUUCCUCGACUCUGGUUCGACCUGCAUCAGUCAAACUCAGUCACGACUCGAUAAUGCAAUGACCACAGUCUAUAUCAACGAUCAACCACCCGAACCAGUGGUUAUACAAGAAGUUGAACGUAACGUCAUCUCGGUAACUAGUGUUGUAGAAGAAGAAACGGAAGCCGAACAGAUUGAACAUCAAAUUCGAGAUCAAGAAACGCAGUUAGUGGUUGCCGUUGAUCAUGUUGGCAAUGAAGACGAAAUGGUAGCAACAGUUGAAGUUGAAGAUGAUGAAUUCAACCAGAAAUGUCAAGCAUUCAUAGACAGAGUGAAACGAACCAUGCAUUAUGAAGCUCCUUACAACCCCCAUCUUUGA